CCAGCAGAACCUUGUGGGAUUUUGCUUUCCUCUCUCCUGCGUCUGAGCUCCAUCUCCACUGGCAACAUGAACCGCCAAUUCACCUGCAAGUCGGGAGCUGCCACCAAGGGGGGCUUCAGCGGCUGCUCAGCAGUGCUCUCCGGGGGCAGCUCAUCUUCCUACCGGGCAGGGAGUAAAGGACUCAGCGGGGCCUUUGGCAGUCGGAGCCUCUAUGGCCUAGGGGGCACCCGGAACAUCUCCUUCAAUGUGGCCAGUGGCAAUGGCAAGAAUGGAGGUUAUGGAUUUGGCCGGGGCCGGGCCAGUGGCUUUGCUGGCAGCAUGUUUGGCAGUGUGGCCCUGGGACCUGUGUGUCCAACUGUGUGCCCACCUGGAGGCAUCCACCAGGUCACCGUCAAUGAGAGCCUCCUGGCCCCCCUCAAUGUGGAGCUGGAUCUUGAGAUUCAGAAAGUGCGUGCCCAGGAGCGGGAGCAGAUCAAGGCUCUGAACAACAAGUUUGCUUCGUUCAUUGAUAAGGUGCGCUUUCUGGAGCAGCAGAACCAGGUGCUGGAGACCAAGUGGGAGCUGCUGCAGCAGCUGGACCUGAACAACUGCAGGAACAAGCUGGAGCCCAUCCUCGAAGGCUACAUCAGUGGCCUGCGGAAGCAGCUGGAGGCGCUGUCGGGGGACAGGGUGAGGCUGGACUCGGAGCUGAGGAAUGUGCGGGACCUGGUGGAAGACUACAAGAAGAGGUAUGAAGAGGAAAUCAACAAGCGGACAGCUGCCGAGAACGAGUUCGUGCUGCUCAAGAAGGACGUGGAUGCGGCUUAUGCCAAUAAGGUGGAGCUCCAGGCCAAGGUGGACUCCAUGGACCAGGAGACCAAGUUCCUCAGGUGUCUCUUUGAAGCUGAGAUUGCUCAGAUCCAGUCCCACAUCAGUGACACGUCUGUCAUCCUGUCCAUGGACAACAACCGCAGCCUGGACCUGGACAGCAUCAUCGAUGAGGUCCGCACCCAGUAUGAGGAUAUUGCACUGAAGAGCAAGGCCGAGGCUGAGGCGCUGUACCAGACCAAGUUCCAGGAGCUGCAGCUGGCUGCUGGCCGACAUGGAGAUGACCUCAAAAACACCAAAAAUGAAAUCUCAGAGCUCACUCGGCUCAUCCAGAGAAUCCGCUCAGAGAUUGAGAAUGUGAAGAAGCAGGCUUCCAACAUGGAGACGGCCAUCGCUGAUGCUGAGCAGCGGGGAGACAAUGCUCUGAAGGACGCCCGGGCCAAGCUGGACGAGCUGGAGGGCGCCCUGCACCAGGCCAAGGAGGAGCUGGCGCGGAUGCUGCGGGAGUACCAGGAGCUCAUGAGCCUGAAGCUGGCCCUGGACAUGGAGAUCGCCACCUACAGGAAGCUGCUGGAGGGCGAGGAGUGCAGGAUGUCAGGAGAAUUCCCCUCCCCUGUCAGCAUCUCCAUCAUCAGUAGCACCAGCGGCAGCAGUGGCUAUGGCUUCCGGCCCAGCAUGGUCAGCGGUGGCUACGUGGCCAACAGCAGCAGCUGCAUCUCUGGCGUGUGCAGUGUCCGCGGCGGGGACAGCAGGAGCCUGGGCAGUGUCAGCGACUACAAGGAUACCCCGGGGAAGGGCUCCAGCCUGAGUGCCCCCUCCAAGAAAGCCAGUCGGUAGAGGGGGCUGCCCCAAGUCCCCCCACUCCUCCCUGUGUCCCUGUGCCCUGGCUCUGGCUCCCACACUGCGCCCUGCCCCCAGCCCACUGUCAGCUCCGUGUCCACCCUGCUGGUCCUACUCCCGUACACCUGCACUGACCUUGGCCAUCCACUCUCCCAGCCUGCGUCUUCCUGAGCCUGGACAGGCCUCAAUGACCAAGCUUGGUGAAAUUCCUCCCUGCACACUGGGCAGCCACUCCUUGGCUGUAGUCCC